CAACCUUCAAACAGUUGGACUUCAUAACUGCUACAAAAGGAGGAGAAGUUGAAAAUAUAUAUAUUCGAUAGUAUUAAAGAUAAAAGAUAGUAUUCAAGAGAUUCGACCAGAGGAACAGUCACCGAAACCUUGAUAAUUAGGAAGGUCCUCACCUUCAGCAACGCACCAAUGGUUUGACUUUGUGACUGAGUGGGAUACACUGUACACGAAGAGCCAAUUAUCUUUGAAUAAUAUUAUAUAUUAUCAAGGUAUUAGUUCAGUCUGUGCACUGAGGAUGGGCUUUGAAGUGCAUUUUCCUUUGAUUUAGAAAGUGACACUUUUGACAAGAACUCCACGAUGGAUUUAAGGAUAGCAGUGCAGGAGAAAUUGAACACUGCAGCCGGAGAGCAGUGCAUUGACUAUUUGGAAGGGACACUUGUUCCUGAUUGGUUACAGGGCAAGCGAUUGCUAGCCCUCGUCCAUUGCCCAACGGCAGCAAGAGGAGUUGGCGAACAAGGACUUCUGAUUUUCACCAGACCCGACAUCAUUAAGCAGAGCAGUGAUCUCAUACUCGUCCGUGCACUCCCCAUCAAGGGAGAUUUCAGCUACACAAUAGCAUGGCCCUCCUCAGAAACCCUUGCAAGAGACCAAGCAAUGGUGAGGGCGCACAUCAAGACUGCAGAGGUCAAUCUGGUCAUUGAGGUCCCCUUCGCUCAACGAUCUUCAAAUUUCUUUAACAAUGUGAAGAAAUCAAUGACAGCUUGUCUUGAAAAGGUGAAGCAGGGUAUUGUCCCUCAGUUCUUCUGGAUGCAGCGCUACCAGCUCCAGAUCAAAGGAGCCAGCGCCCAGCAACAACCAACCUCUGAUCUCCUCAACCUCUCCUCCACGACCACGCCCACAGACCCCUUUGGGAUGUCCUCCUUCGCCCCCCUCUCCCCCCAAGCUGCCCCAGUGGCACCCUCAACCACCACUACCAACCCUACUGCCAGUACUAACCCAUUCAUGCCCCAUGCUAAAACCAUGCCCCUCCUCGAUGCAGGGGGCGUCAACCAACCCCCUCCUCCGUCCAUGAAUCGUGUGACCUCCGACCCCGUGCUGCACGGCUACGUCAACCUUCAAGCGCAGAGUGAGCUGGCGUCGGAGCAGAAUCUAUUAGACAGUACUGUUGGCACGGCCCCUGCAAGUAACAUGGUACAUCCCAAGGCCCCAGCGAUGUCUUCAACAUCGGAAGCAUGGAGGAUAUCACAAGACUUUGGUAAUAAUGCUGAUGGUUCAUCUUCUUCUUCAACCUCCUCAUCGUCAUCCUCAUCAUCGUCAUCAUCGACAUCGAGUGUAGACAAAGUAGGUUUGCCUGGGUCUGGGUUUGAGGAUCAUUUUGGGAGUCUGAUUUUAGACAGCAAUGGUCGGUUGCAUGCACAGGACGAUCACUUUGAAGAGGAAAAGAAAGGGAGUACCUUCUAUACCAACUUAGAUGGACACACCUUAGAGGCACCCAAGACAUCCCUAAUGGGUUCUCAACCUGAUAUAGAUACGCUGGGUUACGCGUCUGUCAAGCCUUUCAAACCGGCAGGCAUAAGAGAAGAGAUCUUGAAAAGACGGGAAGCAGAGUACACAUUUCCUCAUGAUUUCAGGGUCUUUGUUGGGACAUGGAACGUGAAUGGCAAGGGGGCGACAGAGGACUUGAGGCACUGGUUAGCAGCCGACCCCAAGCCUCCUGACAUGUAUGCCAUAGGUUUCCAGGAGUUAGAUCUUAGCAAGGAAGCUUUCCUCUUCAACGAUUCCAUCAGGGAGGAGGAGUGGCAUAAAAGGGUUGUCAUGUGCCUUCAUCAAGAUGGCAUCUAUAUAAAGCUGAAGUUGAUCCGUUUAGUUGGUAUGAUGUUACUAGUAUUCAUUCAAGAGAGACACUAUCCCUACAUUGAUGAGGUCAUAGCUGAAACGGUCGGUACAGGCAUCAUGGGGAAAAUGGUAAGGCAAUAAGGGGCUGUGGCAGUGCGUUUCAACUUCCACAACACCUCCUUCUGCUUCAUCAACUCUCAUCUGGCAGCCCACAUGGAGGAAUACGAGAGGCGUAACCAAGACUACCAUGAUAUCUGCGCCAGGAUGAAGUUUGAAAGGGAGAACCAUCAGCCCCUUGGUGUUAUGCAGCAUGAUGUUGUGAUAUGGAUGGGUGAUCUGAAUUACAGGAUCAAUGAACUUAAUGUUGAUACAGUCAAAGCACUGAUAGACAACAACCGCUUCAAAGAGCUACUCGUGCAGGAUCAGCUGAAUAGACAGAGGGAACUGUCUCGUGUUUUCAAUGGCUUUGAGGAAGCUACUAUAGGAUUCCGUCCAACCUACAAGUACAACUCUGGCAGUGAUGAAUGGGAUUCAAGUGAGAAGCAGCGUGUGCCUGCGUGGUGUGAUCGGAUCCUGCACCGCGGUGAUCGCAUCGUCCAGAAGGUUUACAGGAGUCACAUGAAACUGAGACUGAGUGAUCACAAACCAGUCAGUGCUCUCUAUGACAUCGGGGUGAAGGUGGUGGAUGAGAAGAGGUUCCGUGAGGUUGUUGAGGAAGAAAUUAGAAAACUGGACAGACAAGAGAACGAGGCAUUACCACAAGUUACUCUGGGCAGAAAUGAAUUGAAGCUAGGUGAGCUCCGCUUCAUGGAGGAAGUAGUUGAGACGGUUGAAGUGGCAAACACCGGUCAGGUCAAUACUAUGGUGGAGUUUGUAGCCAAGCUGGACGAUAAAUCACCUUGUAAACCAUGGCUCAAGGUAGAACCACAAUCAACAUUCAUGUUGCCAGGUGACAUGAUAGAGGUGAAGCUGAGAGCAUUCAUCGAUAAGAACACUGCAGCAGCAUUCAAUGCAGGCAAAGACACUGUAGAGGAUAUUCUCAUUCUACAUCUGGAGAAUGGCAAAGACUACUAUAUCACAGUAACAGGUAGCUACAGACCAAGUAGCUUUGGAGCUUCAUUAGAAGGUCUAGUGAGGAUGCACGAACCUAUACAUGAGAUGACGCCAAAGCAGGUGGUGGAUCUGGAAACCAAUCCAACUUCUACGCAGAAGACAUCAAGUGCAGAUUUCCAGAGUUAUGACAUUCCUAAAGAAAUUUGGAUGCUGGUUGAUUAUUUAUUCAGGAAUGGAAUUCACAAGGAGAACUUGUUUGGUCAAGAAGGUCUUCAUUCUGAAGUACUAGCCAUCAGAGACUUCCUUGAUACAGGCUUUCCAGAAGAGAUCCCUGGCAGUAUCCAUUCAGUAGCAGAAUCUCUUCUAGUGUUCCUGGCUAGUCUCAGGGAACCAGUCAUUCCAUACAAAUUCUAUCAGAAAUGCCUUGAUGGUGCCAACAACUUUACCUUGUGCAAGCAGAUCAUGAAACAACUACCAAGGUGUCACAGGAAUGUCUUCAAAUACCUGACAGCGUUAAUACGUGAGCUACUCAUGCACAGCGAUGACAACAGACUUGAUGCCAAAACAUUAGCAACCAUAUUUGGGGAGCUCUUCCUGCGCUGUCCACCAGAAGACAAAGAGAAGGAAGAUGCGUCCGUUAGGAACAGGACCACAAACAGACAACAGAUCACUCGAAAGAAAGCAACCUUCGUCUACCAGUUCAUCAUCCAUGAAUAUGAUGAUUGAAGGUGUCUUCAUCAUCGUCACCGUCCAACCAAUAUACUCGCAAGAAAACAACCUGUCUGCCUGUUUAUCACCAAUGAAUACGAUGAUUGAGGGCGUCUUCAUCAUCCUCAUUGUCCGACCAAUAUACUUGCAAGAAAACAACCUGUCUGCCUGUUGAUCAAUAAAUACAAUGAUUGAAGGCGUCUUCAUCAUCCUCAUCGUCGUCCGACCAAUCUCGAUGCUAUUUCCCUGUCACCCAUGAUUUCAACCAAAGUGAUUCUUUUCUAACCUUUCCUGUCAUCCAAGGUUUAGCCCUUAUCCAAAAUAACAGUGAAAAAAAAUAUGUAACUCAUAGCACUUCGUGGCAUUCAAACUUAUGAAUGCAUGAUUGUUGUUGAAGAGUAAACGUCAUGCAUUGAAAGAUAGUUUUCAUGAACAGGUGGUCGUUAUGAACGGCUUUUUGUAAUACCUGUGUUGAUGGGGAAAACUUUUCAACGGAAACCAAACCUGGUUUGACCGCGUUUUAGACUUGAUUUCUGCACGGAGAAUUGUGAAGCUUUGUGAUCCCAAGAAAGGGUCAUUGUGACUAUCUGUUGGGAUUGCCACUCAUGGCACUGUUGGUGUUGAUACCUGACCGAGGUGAAGCUCCAUCAAUUGCUCUGACCUAGGUUAACCCAUCAACUACUGGAACCAGUUGGUCCCUGUACAAAACCUAUGGUUAUUGCAGUGUUCAGUAGAUGGCAGGUUAAGGGUUUAAACUUUUGUGUAAGUUAAGUAUUCAGUUUAUAACAUGAGGAAAUCAGCCACUGCAAUAUGCGAAUAAAAUAUAACAUAUAACCAUUUGAUAAUAUUAAUGCUGAUAUUAGCUUGUAGGUUUUGGGCAUUUUUGGUAUUACCAGUAGUUGAUUCCAUGUUGUUUUUUUGUUUUUUACCGAGAUAUCAGUGAAAUAAUUCAUUCUUCACCAAUAUGGCAUAGAAGAAAAUUUUCAAAUGAUGUAUUUGUAUUGAAGGCUCACUAUCUUUAUGAAAAAUGGUAAAUGGUUUUGAUUUUUUACCUUAUUGCUAAGAAAGCAUGAAUGCAUGUAAGCAAUCAACCAGAGGACCUACGGCUUAAUGUCCUCUCUGAGGAGUGGAUUCCCAAAAUUGUGAAGAGAACUGGAAAUAACUAUGAUGCUACAAAGCACAGCUGACAAGCCAUCCUAAUAUAGACAUUUAUUCUUACUUAAUCAGCUUUGAGCAUUAUCAGCCAGGGAAAAGGAUUUUAAUGUGUGAGGCAAUGUGUGGAAUAUGUAAUGCAUAAACUUCACACUUCUGUGUCAUAAAAAUCUCUAAUAUUUUUUCUUUUUGUGGGAUUUGACAGCAUCUCAAUAAGCACCAAUGGUAUCAAAUCCCUGGUGAGAUGACUUAAAGGUAAAUUGAAUUUAUAGAUGUGUACUGUUUAAAUGUGCAAUGUGGAUGAUUGUGUGCUUAAAGCAAUCUCAUUUAGC